AUGGCCACCAAGAUCACACCUUUCUUCACAGCUAGCCUUCGCGCCUUGCGACCGCGCACAACACCUUCGACGACACCGUUCAGUCGCUACGCCGCUGCAUCUUUGCGCUCCCCUCGACACAUCGCCCCGGAAUCAGUCCGUCUCGCACACUCCAUCCCUCGUCCAUCACAGCCAACCCCUCGAGACUCCAACCCGUCGACAGCCAAGUCAGAAUCGGCUCGACCUGCGCCUCCGCCUGCAAACCGUCCCUCCUACCAGCUCUCCUUCACCUGCGUGCCCUGUGGACAUCGAUCGCAUCACAACAUCUCCAAGCAGGGCUACCACACUGGGUCGACCCUCAUCACAUGCCCAGAGUGCCGCAACCGACACGUCAUCAGCGACCAUCUCGGCAUCUUUGGGGACACCAAGGGGAUGACGGUGGAGGACAUUGUUAAAAAGAACGGAGGUCUGGUGAAGAAGGGGAGCCUUGGCGAGGAUGGGGAUAUCGAAUUCUGGCCAGAAGAGAACGAUGAUCUCAAGGGCUAG